CUCUCUCUCUCAUCAUAGCUGCUUACCACCAUCUUCUCUCAUUUGGAAAUGCUAACCUUACCAUUUUAAAACCCCAACCCUAAUGAUAAGGUGUGUAGCAAUGAUGGUAGUGGAGUGGUGGAAGAGGAGUAAAUAGGUAUAGAGAAUACUGAUGAGGUUAAAGAUGAGACAGGUUUGAAAUGAAGUCAGUGUAUAGAGAAUACUUAUGAUUUGUGUCCGUAGGCUAAGGCCGCCUUGUUAAGAUUUGUAAAAGAGAUUCUAUAUUUGAAUUUUCAUGUUUGUUACAUGAUCUGCUAAUGAUCUAAAAAGCAAAUGGAUUCAGAUAAAUUGAGUAAAUAUAAGGAACAAAUGGACAGUAGACAAAAACUGUUCCAAUAAGACAUGAUCUAUUGAGUGAUUAUGCAAUCAGUCUCCUCAAUAAAGAGUAAACAACUCUUUUUCUGUUGUGUUGGAGCUCUUGCAAUAACCAGUUCUCUACAUCAUAUUGACAAGGACCUCCUUGGGUGGUGGUUAUGUGAGCGACAGGUUAAAUCUGGAGGUCUAAAUGGGCGUCCUGAGAGGUUUCCAGAUGUAUGCUAUUCAUGGUGGGUCCUUUACCUCUUGGAAUCAUUGGGGGAGCACUAGCUGGUCACAGAGUUGCAACUUUGGUAACUUGUAUACUUCAAGAAAAAUUUAAACUUGUCUUUGCAUCAACAACACUGCAAGUUCCUUUCAUAACUGAAGCAAAAAAUCCACAUCCACUUGCACAGAUGACAAACAAUGAUUCCGUGGAAUUUUUGUUUGCCAUGGACAUCUUCUGGAUCCUGAUUGUGGACUUUGACUCCGAAGGGCGUUCUCUCUUCCUCAAUGCAAUCGCAAAUCAGAUACGCAACCCAAACAACUAUACACAUUUCUUUUCCUAUGUUCUCCUCUACUUGUUUGUGAAUGCUAACAAGGAAAUUAUACAGGAGCAAAUAACAAGAGUUUUGUUGGAAGGACUGAUUGUGAAUAGACCACAUCCUUGGAGGCUUUUGAUCACCUUCAUUGAGCUCAUCAAGAAUCCAAAAUACAACUUCUGGUGUAGGUCUUUCACUAGGUGUGCACCGUAGAUUGAGAAACUUUUUGAAUCAGUUUCGAGAUCGUGUGGUGGGCCUAAAUCUGUGGAUGAAUCAAUGGUAUCUGGUGGAAUUUCUGAUAGUGUGCACUGAUUCUGGAAGAUUGGAUCUCUGCAUUUGAUGUCGGUGUAAUGUAAGUUUUAGUGAUUUUCUCAUCGUAACAAACUACAGCUUUGUUAGAUGACUGCCAGAGUAACACCAAUUCGCACUGUUUGAAUAGAAUAUUUGAUUGUGGUUAUUAUGCAAAGCUGGCUGACUAUUCCAAAUCUUUUUACCUAAUAAAAAUAAUCAAAUACUUUCUAAAACCAGAUUAUACGCUAUCUAUCCUUCUCAAAUCUUUUUACCUAUAAAAAUAAUCAAAUAUUUUCUGAAAUGAUGCAUACAACGGAAGUCCACUUUCAUCGAAUUGCUUACAGACUAGCAAUACAAUUCUUUUGAUGCCUCAAGUAAUUAAACUAGAAUUGAGAACCCCAAUGUCAAUUUUUUUGACUCAAUUUCAGCCUCAUUUCCUUUAGCCAAUUGGUGUGUUAAUAAUUUCAAGUGUUCCCUGGAGGUUUGCCAAAAUGAGAAACUCACAUUUAUGGGACCAUGUAUGAGAUGCUAUGUAUGGUGAAUUUGUAUAAGGGUAUGCAGGGCAUUGCAUUAUCUAUAUGUCAAUUUCUAACUUUCUCUUGAAAAAGGCAACCUUGUUUUGUAAUUUCCAGUAUUUGUGAUGCAGCAGCGAUACUAAAUGUUUAUUAUGUAGGUAGCUGUAGGGCUUCAAGAUCUUUUGGAUGGAACAGUGACCAAAUAUCUUUGUUUUCUUUUCUAAUUCUGUGUUUUCUGUCUCAGGUUUGUAACUGGGUGCUCUCGAGGACCUUUGCUUGGAUUUAAAUACCUUGAGCCUUUGUUCUGCAUACGGAGGUGAUGGUCCUUUUUUGAGUAUUCUCUUAGGGCUGCUGGUAAUGCUUCUGAAGAGGCUCUUGAAGUUGCUAAGAAUUUUUUAGUACAAAGAUAUGGAGGACACAAACCUGAGUGUUGAUGCAAUUAAAUCAGCCCAUGAUGGUGCACUCACAAGAAGAUAUUUGGCUAAAUUUUGUAUGGUU